CAGCUGGAGGAUAUUUACAUGUUAUAUUCUGAUAUCCCAUUCCCAUUUGCUAUAGGAGGAAACCUCUCAGAAAAUAUCUGAGGAACAAGAAACCAGAAUCAAACUAUGGCGGAAUUAGGCCGUCUCUCUCUCUUCUCCUCUCCUGCUCCAUUGCUUUCGUCUCCUCCGCCACUUUCUCUUCGCCUCUUCUCUUCUUCCAACCAUAAACAUGCGGUGCGUCGAUGCAUUAGCAACAAAUUGCCCGGGGGGGAGAUCGAAUCGAAUGGCGCUGGACUUAGGGUUUCAGUCGGAACCUCAAAAAGCAAAAUGGAAGAGUACAAUCUUGCUAUGAAGAAAAUGAUGAGAAAUCCUUACGAAUAUCAUCACGAUCUCGGCAUGAACUAUACAUUGAUAACCGAUAAUCUUAUUGUCGGCUCCCAACCUCAGAAAGUUGAAGACAUUGAUCACUUGAAGGAGGAGCAGAACGUGCAAUAUGUUCUGAACUUGCAGCAAGACAAAGAUGUCGAGUACUGGAACAUAGAUCUGAAUUCCAUCGUAAGUAGGUGCAAAGAGCUUGGGAUUUGUCACAUGAGAAGGCCGGCGAAAGAUUUUGAUCCAGAUUCGUUGAGAAGUAUGUUGCCUGGAGCAGUGGCCUCAGUAGAGUGGGCGAUGUCAGAGGGGAAUGGGAGAGUAUACGUUCACUGUACUGCCGGUUUGGGGAGAGCGCCGGCAGUGGCAAUAGCUUACAUGUUCUGGUUCUGCAAUAUGAAUCUGGAGAUGGCGUACAGCACGGUGACAUCGAAGAGACCGUGCGGGCCUAACCGGAGAGCGAUUAGAGGAGCAACGUAUGAUUUGGCUAAGAGCGAACCUUGGAAGGAGGCGGCUUUUGAGGAGUUGGGAGAAGAUGCAUUUGAGGAUAUUGCAGAUUGGGAAAGGAAUAUUAUUCAGGAUCGUGUUCGAGCCCUCCGAUGAUGAUGUUUGAUAUCAAAACGCCAGUUCUCAGGAAAUGGGCUCAGCAUAAUAUUGGGCGAGGAAGGCCUACUAACAUUGCAUGUGGCCACAGGCAUUCUGAAGCCAUGUGGGCCUGUCGGAAAUGGAUGAGUUCUAUAUACAUGGGAAUCAUGAAAAUGGUCUGAGUGUAGGCAUUUGGGCCUAUAGGCCCAGCGCAAAGGUAUUAUUGGACCUGGAAGGCCUGCUAAAAUUGUAUGGGCCUGCUGGAAAUUGGCUGACAAACACCUGAUGACACAUGGGCCUGUCGGAAAUGAGGUGACACUUGAGUUUUCUAUUGGGCUUGAUACAAAUGGGCCGACAAGAGUUGAUUUUCAAUAUAGGCGUGUACGCAAAGUAAUAGUACUGGGCCUGAAGAGCCUGUCAACGUUAUAUGGGCCUGUCGAUAUGAGCCAACAACUCCUCAAUUCUCGAAUGGGCCAAAUAAUCAUGAUUUCAUACGGACCUGUCGGAAAUGGGCCCAAAAGAGGUGAAUUAUAAUUUGGGUCUGUCGGCAAUGGGCUGACAAUAAACAUGGUUCAUAUAGGCCUGUCGGUUAUGGGCAGACAACACAUAAAUUCUGGAAUUGAGCCUGUCGGUAAUGGGCCAAUAAAAGGUGAAUUUUA